AGCCCACGAGCUGGCGCCUGGCCUCCGGGCCUCAAGCCCGAAAGGAAGAGAUACCAGGGAAGUUCCGGCACCAUUUAGGGGCGAAGAAAUGCCAUGGAAGAGCCUGCAGCUCCCACAGAACCCCACGAGGCAGCUGGGGCCUCUGGGGGUGCCGAGGCAGCGGGGGAGGGCGUCCCCCGGCCCAGCGUCCCGGUGCGCCCAGCCUCCCGGUGGUCUUCGGCUCCAGGCCCGGCCCCCUUCCGCCCGUCACGUCUGAGGCCCGCCCAGGCCUCAUGGGGAGGGGCUAGGCCCAGAUGGCUGCAAGGCCGGAGCAGCGGCAGCUGGACAAAGCAAGUCGUCUGCAGGUAUUAUCUGCAUGGGCUGUGCAAGGAGGGGGAGAACUGCCGAUACUCCCACGACCUCUCGGGCCGGCAGGUGGCCAGCGAAGGCCACGGUUUGUUGCCCCAGGCCUCUGCAGACAGUGGCCCCAGCACGGCUGCGCACAUGGAGCCCCUGCCUCAGGAAGUGGCGGAAGCCCCCCCUGCUGCGUCCUCACGCUCCUUGCCUCUGAUUGGCUCGGCUGCUGAAAGGGGUUUCUUUGAAGCUAAGACAGACAAUGCAGGCCUUGAAGCUGCCGGAGGAGCAGGUGCAGAAGGCUGGGAGGGUGCCGUUGAGUUUGUUCCCGGGCAACCCUACCGGGGCCGCAUGGCCCCUUCUGUCUCCGGGGCUCCUCUGCAGAGCUCGGUGACUGAGAGGGAGCAGAUUGCCUUGGGCAUGGGGAAGCAGCUUUGCCGCGAUGCUAUGGUGGGGCAGUGCUUUCGUGGGCAGAGAUGUAUCUAUCUCCACGGAGAUAUAUGUGAUAUGUGUGGGCUGCAGGUCCUGCACCCUGUGGACGGUGCCCAGAGGGCAGACCAUGUAAAGGCCUGCAUUGAAGCACACGAGAAGAAUAUGGAGCUCUCGUUUGCUGUGCAGCGCAGUGCGGACAAAGUGUGUGGCAUCUGCAUGGAGGUUGUCUAUGAGAAAGCCAACCGGAAUGAUUGCCGCUUUGGCAUUCUCUCCAGCUGCAACCACACCUACUGUCUUAAGUGUAUCCGUAGGUGGAGGAGUGCCAGACAGUUUGGGAGCAGGGUCGUCAAGUCCUGCCCGCAGUGCAGGGUCAUCUCCACCUUUGUCAUUCCCAGUGAAUUCUGGGUGGAGGAGGAGGAAGAGAAGCAGAAACUUAUUCAGCAGUACUUGGAGGCAAUGAGCCACAAGACCUGCAGGUAUUUUGCUCGAGGCAGGGUCUGCCCAUUUGGAGAGAACUGUUUUUACAGACAUGCGUUCCCUGAGGGCCAGGGAGAGGAGCCUCAGAGGCAGGGUGCUGAGGCGUCCAGUACUUGCCGUGGUCAACGUUUCGAGCCUCUGCAGGUGGGAGAGGGCAGCAUGCCCUUUAAAAGCAGUAAAAAAGAGCUUGUCAUGCUUUGGCUGGCCAAUCUGUUGUGUAAGUGUUUUAUUUCACUGGGAGCUAGUGAGCUCCCCUUCACAGAGGCCCUAUGGGACUUGCGUCAUUGUGAGCUGGAAGAAUAUUUCAAUUUGAAUCUGUGGCAUUAUGCUGUGGCAUGUUGUCUGGUGUGCUGAAGCUCUGUCAUCUGCUCUUGCCUGUGUUUUGUUUAUAGACACAUCUGUCGCAGGGGCUGUGGAAACCAUUUGUAUAGAGCAUCCAUCACUGUUUUCUUGCCCAUUCCCAUUUCUUGCUCCCCAGGAUUAUGGCGUUUCACUGUGUUAAAAAGUAACAAAACGUCCUUAAAGUUACUGUUUGGAGAAAUUAAUAUGACUGUCAGUUUAUGGUUUAUUUUGUCAUCUCUGUUUUCAACAGGAUUGACUCAGUUCUAGUCUAGUGUUUACAGAAUUUCCACACUCAUUUUGAAGCCCCUCAAGAAUAAAUGUGACAGGGUGAAAGGAGAAGUCUUAACUGAACAAGGAGCUUUUUGCUACUUCAGUCUUAAGAAAUGGACCCUCGUGGGGCUUUGUGGUGCAGCUUCAGCAUCUCUGUUGUUUACACGUCUGUUUCUUCCCCUGUUCCCCUUCAAGUGCACUCUUUAACUUGUGGUUACCUUGUGGUUUUGUGUUUUACUUGACCAGAACCAGGUGCAUAUGUUUACAUGUUUUUAUCCUGUUUAGCUUGAU